AUAAAAAAGAUUGGUUUGAGUUUUCCGUUGAGAAUGGAUUUAUCAAGUCAUUUGAUUACCAUCUAUUUGAGAAAAUCGAGUUAAUUGCAUGGGGUGGUUAUGGCACUGUUCAUAGAGCAUACCUUAAAAAUGCGGGAAAGAUGGUCGCUUUAAAAAGUCUUCAUAAAUAUAAGGACUUUCACAAAGAUUUUGUCAGAGAGGAUCAACACGAGUUCGCUAAAAUCGAAAUUUUUGUAAAGAAUACCAAGCCGAUCAGGACAUGCUCGAAGAUGCUUAAUGUUGCAAAGAUGCAUCACUGUGACGAUAAAUAUCUCAGCAAAAAUGAUAAAUCGCUUUGCAAUGCCCAAGUGCACGUUGCAUUUGGAGAUAUAGAAGGGCUAAAAUGGCAUCUUGAUCAAUGUGAUUAUGAUGAUUAUCGAAAUGUCAAAAAUCUGCCCGAAUUUACGUUGAAGAAUUGUUACUGGAAGGCUAUAAUUCUCGUUUUUGAAACUUUGAAGUUAUAUGGUGCGAAUUUUGGAGACAUACGCCUUUCCUUAGGAUCCUUGGUAAGCAACAACUCUAUUCAUUUUCCGAGAGAGUUGCACCAAUUCAAAGAGCUUAUGGCUUGGCUAUCAUAUAAUAAUUGCCCUAUCAACGAGUUAAAGAGUAUUCGUGGCUCUUAUUCUUUAUACGAUUUGCUAGACGCCCUAGGAUUACAUAAAAAUUGGGAGAUUAUCAGUUUAUAUUUAAAGUACGGGUUCAAUCCAAAUUCUUCAUAUAGUAGUCGAUUACCGAAUCUGUUGUUUUACACGAUAUAUAAGAAAUUUCCAAUUUCUACACUAAAACUGGUUCUUACAUCCGACGUCGAUUUAUCAAAGCAAAAUAGCGAUGGGUUAAAUGCUUUGGACUAUGCAGCUAAUAAAAAGAGUAUUGAAACUUUGGAAUAUCUUCUCAGAAAUUAUUCAAAAAACUUGGAUUCACAAUUUAAAUUCUCCGAUGAUUGCCCUAACCUACUAUUCCUUGCUAUAAAAGAAGAUUUUCCUAUUUCCAGUCUCAAACUAAUUCUUGACUCUAAUAUUGAUCUGUCAACCAAAAACUUCGAAGGAUCAGGAUUAAAUGCUAUUGAUUUUGCAGCCGAAGAGAAAAACCUAGAAGCUUUGGAAUAUCUUCUUGGCAAUUAUCUAAUGAAAUUAAACCCUGAGCAUGCGUUUUCCCGAAGUUGCCCCAAUCUAUUAUUUCUCGCAAUCAGAGAAAAUUAUCCUGUUUCUACGCUUAGACUAAUUCUCAAUAGUCAUAUUGAUUUCUCAAUUAAAAAUCACGAUCAAUUAAAUGCCGUUGAUUAUGCGGCUGCUUGCAAAAAUAUUACGGCUUUGGGAUAUCUUCUUAGCAAUUAUACCGAGGGUUUAAUCUCUCAACACAGAUUUUCCCAUACCUGCCCAAACUUAUUAUUUUUUGCCAUAGAAAAUUUUUUUCCUGAUCAUAUUCUAAAGCUUAUCCUUAACCACGACGUCGAUUUUUCGACUCGAAAUGAUGCAGGAUUGGAUGUUUUGGACUAUGCAGAUAGCAAAAAAAACACAAACGCUUUAGAACAUCUUCUUAGAAAUCACACAAAGGAACUGAACUUGCAAAGCAAAUUUUCUCCUUCGUGCCCCAAUUUGCUAUUCUACUCUAUACAUAGAAAAUUUCCCACCACUACGCUUGAACUUAUCCUCUCAACCAACGAUAUUAAUUUAUCAGUAACGAAUAACAAUGGAUUAAAUGCUUUAAAUUAUUCGGUUUACGCAGAGAAUAUUGAAGCACUGGAAUAUCUCCUUAAAAAUCACCCCAAAGAAUUAAAUUCACUUCACAGGUUCUCUAGGGACGAUCCAAACUUAUUGUUUUUUGCUAUAUUCAGGAGAUUUCCCAUUUCUACCAUUACACUCAUAAUUAGAGCUGGUGUCGACUUAUCAACGAAUAAUGAUGAAGGAUUAAACGCUCUUGAAUAUGCAGCAAAAAUGAAAAACAUGGAGGCUCUUGAAUAUCUUCUUAACGGUCACAUCAGGAAAUCCGAUUAUAAAUUUUCACCAUCUUAUCCCAACAUAUUAUUUUUUGCCAUAAGACAAGAGUUUCCUAUUUCAACCCUUAAAUUGAUCAUUGAUUCUGGAAUUAAUUUGUCAACAAGGAAUGAUGAAAGUCAAAAUGUUCUCGAUUAUGCAGCAUCCUGGAAAAAUGUUAAGGCUUUAGAAUACCUCCUUAUUAAUCAUCGCAAAGAAUUGAGUUCUUGGUUUAGAUUUUCUGAAGAGUGUCCAAACUUGUUAUUCCUGGUUAUAAAAAGUUUCCCCGUUUCCACACUUAUUCUAACUCUCAAUAUAGAUAUUGACUUGUCAGUGGAGAAUAAAGAUCAUUUAAAUGUCUUUGAUUAUGCACUCAAAACUGGAAUGAGCGAGAAAAUCGAAUGUUUAAUCGGAAAUCAGAAAGUACUGAACUUUCGAUUUUCUCCUCAAUGCUCAAACCUAUUAUUUUACACUUUAUACAAAAAACAUCAUAUUUCGAUUCUUAAACUUAUUCUCAAACAGAGUCUGGAUUUUAAAACCAAAAACUGCGAUGAAUUAAAUGUUCUUGGGUAUGCGGUUAAACUAAAAAAGAUGGCGGCAAUCAAGUAUUUGUUGGAAAAUAUACCGCAAUUUAGCGAAAAACAGAGUAUCGCAGAGGCAAUCAGUCAAACAAACUAUUUUAGCGAAGAAUUGAGCUAUCUUCGAGGCUGGGUGGGUGACUCUGGAGAGAUUAAAAGGCUACAAAUACAACUCCGAAUUCAAUCAAAUUUACAUCACCUGUAG